UGGUGGGUGCAAAGCUCCCGACCCCCCUAGAACACGACACGCCCCCCAUCGACCGGCGGCGAGGAAGAGGAGGAGGACAUGGCGGCGGCGCGGGGGCAAAAGUCGCUGGCGACGCUGGUGAGGUCGCUGCGGAGCGAUUCCAUCUCCAGCUCCAACGCUCCCAGGCUCAGGCACCUCCCGUCUCUCAGGAGGACCUUCUCGCUCUACGACCAGAUCAACCUCAUCGACACCGUCCCCGAAGACCAGCUCCGCUUCCAAUCUUACGAUGACACUGGAUUCAAGAUUAACAAUGUAAAGUAUGAAGGAAGCUUGCUGAUAGUAGAAAACAAGAUAAUGACCUGGACACCCAAAACAUUUGCAGAUAUAACUGCUGAAAGUUUAUCAAUCUUCAAAGUUGUACACCCGAUCCCAGAGAUUCUGAUUCUUGGUUGCGGGAAAUACGUCCAGCCAGUCAGUCCUGAGCUGCGCAAGUUCAUUCGGUCAACAGGGAUGAAACUGGAGGCUAUCGAUUCGAGGAACGCGGCUUCGACCUAUAAUAUUCUAAACGAAGAGGGGAGGGCAGUGGCGGCCGCGGUUCUUCCGUUUGGACUCGACUCUUAAUUAUGUCAAGUAGAGCGGUUUGUGUUCUCCUUGAAGUCUAUAGAGCUGACACAAGACCUCUCUUGUACCUCGGCGUCGAAACCUGUAACUGUCGGUGGCAAGCGUUGUUGCCCACCCCCUUUUUUCUGCUGUCCCUUAGGAGGUAUCACCCUGAUUGUGAAGUGUUUUAUAUGGUGACCGAGAAAAGCAGUUUACCUUGUAUACAUCAGAAUAAUCAGCACGAGCCUGACGGUGUUUUUCGAA